AUGCAGCAAGACUCACAUAGCACCGACGUCGUCGCCAACAUCAAUUACUUCCCUGCGACAGGUGUACCCAUCCCCAAGUCAGCAUGGAGAACGAAAUAUCUGCACGAUAACGAUGAACACACCCGUUCCAUGCUCAUCCGAGAUGUACGAAAGGCCGAUAAGACCUUUGACUUAGAUGUGAACGGCUUCACAUUCGUGACGCUGCCGCGUAAGGAACGAGUAGGACGAGGAAGUAGUGAAGAAGAUGUGAAGCGAGAGUACUACCCCGAGUUGGAGGAAGUGACUAAGAACUUGUAA